UUACGUCACUUCCUGGAGACUGGCUGAAUCCGGAAGUGAUCCUUGAAGACUGUAGUGCGGCUGAGGACCCCGGCAUCGGCCCAGGUUCAGGACCAUGAGUUGGAUUCCUUUCAAGAUUGGGCAGCCCAAGAAACAGAUUGUUCCCAAAACAGUGGAGAGAGACUUUGAAAGAGAGUAUGGAAAACUCCAGCAGCUAGAAGAACAGACUAAGCGGCUGCAGAAGGACAUGAAGAAGAGCGCAGAUGCCGACCUAGCCAUGUCAAAAUCUGCAGUGAAGAUUUCCCUGGACCUACUGUCCAAUCCCCUCUGUGAGCAGGACCAGGACUUUCUGAACAUGGUGACAGCCUUGGACACAGCUAUGAAGCGGAUGGAUGCCUUCAAUCAGGAAAAGGUGAACCAGAUCCAGAAGACGGUGAUUGAUCCCUUGAAAAAGUUUGGCAGUGUGUUCCCCAGCCUCAAUAUGGCAGUGAAGCGGAGGGAGCAGGCGUUGCAGGACUACCGGAGGCUGCAGGCCAAGGUGGAGAAGUAUGAAGAGAAGGAGAAGACGGGCCCUGUGCUGGCCAAGCUCCACCAGGCCCGAGAAGAGCUGCGACCCGUGCGGGAGGACUUUGAGGCCAAGAACAAGCAGCUCUUGGAUGAAAUGCCACGGUUCUACGGCAGCCGCCUUGACUACUUCCAGCCCAGCUUUGAGUCCCUGAUCCGGGCGCAGGUGGUAUACUACUCAGAAAUGCACAAGAUCUUCGGCGAUCUGACCCAGCAGCUGGACCAGCCGGGCCACUCAGAUGAGCAGCGGGAACAGGAGAACGAGGCCAAGCUGAGUGAGCUCCGAGCCCUCUCCAUCGUGGCAGAUGACUGAACUCAGGCCCCCAGACUCCUGAGACAUAGAACCUCUGCCCUUAGCAGGUGCUGGCAGGCUGGAACCCAUGGUGGUGGUCCUGCUCUACCCUGGCAGCCCUUUGACCUGAGUGCCUUAAGUACCUGGAUCCUGACAGAAGGCUCCAGCAGGCUCUCGCCCACCCCACAGCCCCAAGUGUAGGUAAGCGGUAUAGAAAAUCCCCAGGGGCUUCCUCACUUCUAGAACCGUCCAGAGUAUACCCUGGCCCGAGCAGCGCAGGCCUCAGCCUGCACAGCGGGGGCUGUAUCUACCUCCAGGGGACCUGUGGCAGGGAUUGGCCCCCUCACUGCUCUUUACCCCAAAGGCAUGGUUGGCUCUUCAGGUGCAGGCGUCAGGGACAAGCCCCACCUCUUUGGGGCUCCUGCAACUGUAACUAUCCUGCCACACAGAAUAUUACAUCAGUCCUCAUGCCUGAGCCAGCACUAUGGGUUUUUGUCACACUGGGAUAUGUAUU